CGCCCCCUUCCAGCCGCAGGCUGCGCGCGGCUGCGAGUCAAGUCCGGGACUCGGGCCAGUCUCCCCGGAAGACAGGACCAACCUCGAGCCGCGGCGCAGCAGGACCCGGGCGCUCCGGCGACAAGACCCCAAGCACGCCCGGCCGGUGGCCCGGGCCCGACCACCCCAGCUGCGCGUCGUUCCUGGCCACAAGUUUGCCCCGCGCCAGCCAAGUUGGCGACUUGGAAGCUUCUCCCGGGCUCUGGAGGAGGGUCCCUGCUUCUCGCUACAGCAGUUCCGGGCAUGGCCGGGCUGGGGGCGUCGCUCCAUGUCUGCGGUUGGCUGAUGCUCAGCAGCUGCCUCCUGACCAGAGCCCAGCUGGAUUCUGAUGGCACCAUUACUAUAGAGGAGCAGAUUGUCCUUGUGCUGAAAGCAAAAGUGCAAUGUGAACUCAACAUCACAGCUCAACUCCAGGAGGGAGAAGGUAAUUGUUUCCCUGAAUGGGAUGGACUCAUUUGUUGGCCCAGAGGAACAGUGGGGAAAAUAUCGGCUGUUCCAUGUCCUCCUUAUAUUUAUGACUUCAACCAUAAAGGAGUUGCUUUCCGACACUGUAACCCCAAUGGAACAUGGGAUUUUAUGCACAGCUUAAAUAAAACAUAUGCCAAUUAUUCAGACUGCCUUCGCUUUCUGCAGCCAGAUAUCAGCAUAGGAAAGCAAGAAUUCUUUGAACGCCUGUAUGUAAUGUACACUAUUGGCUACUCCAUCUCUUUUGGUUCCUUGGCUGUGGCUAUUCUCAUUAUUGGUUACUUCAGACGAUUGCAUUGCACCAGGAACUAUAUCCAUAUGCACUUAUUUGUGUCUUUCAUGCUGAGAGCUACAAGCAUCUUUGUCAAAGACAGAGUAGUCCACGCUCACAUAGGGGUAAAGGAGCUGGAGUCCCUAAUAAUGCAGGAUGACCCACAAAAGUCCAUUGAAGCAACUUCUGUGGACAAAUCACAAUUUAUUGGGUGCAAGAUUGCUGUUGUGAUGUUUAUUUACUUCUUGGCUACAAACUAUUACUGGAUCCUGGUGGAAGGUCUCUACCUGCAUAGUCUAAUCUUUGUGGCUUUCUUUUCGGACACCAAGUACCUGUGGGGCUUCAUCUUGAUAGGCUGGGGGUUUCCAGCAGCAUUUGUUGCAGCAUGGGCUGUGGCACGAGCAACCCUGGCUGAUGCAAGGUGCUGGGAACUUAGUGCUGGAGACAUCAAGUGGAUUUAUCAAGCACCAAUCUUAGCAGCUAUUGGGCUGAAUUUUGUUCUGUUUCUGAAUACGGUUAGAGUUCUAGCUACCAAAAUCUGGGAGACCAAUGCAGUUGGGCAUGACACAAGAAAGCAAUACAGGAAACUGGCCAAAUCAACACUGGUCCUGGUCCUGGUCUUUGGAGUGCAUUACAUCGUGUUCGUGUGCCUGCCUCAUUCCUUCACUGGGCUUGGGUGGGAGAUCCGCAUGCACUGCGAGCUCUUCUUCAACUCCUUUCAGGGUUUCUUUGUGUCUAUCAUCUACUGCUACUGCAAUGGAGAGGUUCAGGCAGAGGUGAAGAAGAUGUGGAGUCGGUGGAAUCUCUCCAUGGACUGGAAAAGAACACCGCCAUGUGGCAGUCACAGAUGCGGCUCAGUGCUCACCACCGUGACGCACAGCACUAGCAGCCAGUCACAGGUGGCGGCCAGCACGCGCAUGGUGCUUAUCUCUGGCAAAGCUGCCAAGAUCGCCAGCAGACAGCCUGACAGCCACAUGACUUUACCCGGCUACGUCUGGAGUAACUCAGAGCAGGACUGCCUGGCACAAUCAGUCCACGAGGAGACCAAGGAAGGUAGUGGGAGGCAGGGAGAUGAUAUUCUAAUGGAGGAAUCUUCCAGGCCUAUGGAAUUUAAUCCAGACACUGAAGGAUGCCAAGGAGAAACUAAGGACGUUCUCUGAAUGGCCAUUUAUGGCUGACUUUCAUGGACUGGUCCAAUGGCUGGUUGCGUGAGAGGGUUUGGGCUGAUAUUCCUAUGCUUGAGUUCAAAGGCUGAAAAUUCAGAGUUAAAGUGUUACUAAAUAAAAGUUUUUAGGUUCUAUGAAUUGGCUCCUGUAAAUACUAAAGACACGAAAAGGCAAGUGUCAAUGGAGUAGUUUAUUACCUUCUAUUGGCAUCAAGUUUUCCUCUAAAUUGUUGUAUGGUGUUUGCUGUGUGAUUGUUCAUUUUUCUGCUAUUUUUGGGUAGAAAAAAGUGUCAAUUGCUUGCCUGUAGCUUUCUCUCAUAUAUAUCACCCUAAAUAUAAUGAUGAUCAUUUAGUGUGUAUCAUUUUCCUUUUAGAAACUAGUAUUCUCUUAUUUCUUACUUUAAUGUACUUCUAUCUUUGCAUUUAUUUUGCCCGUGCAUAGGAGCAAUUAAGGUCUAAAAAAAUAUAUGUGGGAAGAUAAACUAUCUAAGAACAAGUACUUGCUGGAAAAUUAGUAGGCUGGAUGUUGAUAAAAUAAUGUGUUUAUAACAAUUACAGGUGUUUCUAGGAACAAGGAAAAUUUCUCAAAAAAGACUAUUUCACAUAUCCCUUCUUUUGAAUGUCCUCUUUGUGACCAGCCAGACUGCAGGUCUUCACUCUUUCUUCUUUGUAAACCAUGUCAUGUAGAAAGGUUUCCUUAUUGAGCUUGAGUCUGCAAAUUGAUUUUGUUUGUAAUUUAUUCUGUUAGCAAAUCAUGCUGCAUCUAUAUCUUUUUCUUGUUUGAUCUAUUACUACAUUGUAAAUGGCAUGUGGGAUCAAUUAAAAGUUUGUUUUAAAAAUACAUUUGGAUCACUUUAAAAAAUUUUUCUUUCAACGUCUCACUUUAUUUUUGAGAAACAACCAAACUUCCCUUCUCCAAAUGUACACAUAUCAACAUUUAACUUUUAUACUUUACUGAACUUGAAAUUUCAGUAUGUUGCAGUAUUGAAAACAUUUAUUGAGGGCAUGUUAUGUAUCAGCAGGCAUCCUGCUGGGCUCUUACAAGCAUUCAUUUAUUUAAUUUCACUAUAAUUUAUGGAGUAAGUCUUAUUACAGUCACCCCUUUUUGCAGAUGGCAGUGUGACUCAUAGAGGUGGAGUUAACUUGCCCAAAAUUGCACAGCUGGUCAUUGACAGCUCUAUUGACUUUAAGUCCCAUGUUCCUAAUAAUUAUGUUGUAUUGUCACCAGUAUAUAUGUAGCCUAUUAACCCAUCAAAAAUUCAAUGAAUUCUGGAUAGAGAAUGCUCGGGACUCUUGCUUUGGAGUAUAUUUUAGGCUCUUAUCCUCAUAAAAUUUCCACUCUGGUGGAGAAGACAUACACCUAGAAA